CCGGAGAGGAGGAGAGGAGGCUGCUGCGCUGAGGUGGACGUGGCGGCUCCAGCGGAGCGAGCUUCAGGACGGACCCGAGGACAGGCGGCCAUGACCCGGACCUCCCGCAGCCUGGUCAGGUGUGGCCGCUGACCGCGUUUGAUUCCCAGAGGAGUCAGGGACACGCCCCCAGCCCCUCCCCUCUGGCAGGUCUCUGCAGGGACAGAGGGGGGAGUGGAGGCGUCGGGGAGGAGGACGACCACGGUGGUCCUCAGCUAUUCUUCAGGUGUUGACCCGAGCGAGGUGAGGAGGAUAAGCUCCGCCCCUCACCAUGACAGACUUAGAGAGCGAGUGUUUGAGUCUUGGUCUGCCCCCUGACUGCAGCUCCCCCCCCCCACCCCUGGACCCCUCACUGGACUGUGGACCCGGGGCCGCCGGUUCCGCCCCCCCGCCCUCUCUAGCUCUCCUCUCCUCCGACUGCCCGACGCCCACGCUCAGCUCGCUGGCGGCAGAAGUCGCCGAGCCGCUGGUGAUGCUGCCGUGUGUGAAGAGCGAGCCGGAGGACGGAGACCUGGAGCCCAUCAGGACCGUGGACCUGUCGGAGAUCCAGUCCCUGUCCACCGCAGAGCUGGGCCAGGACCAGAUCAAGAUGGAGAUCAGCGGCCUUGACUACAUAAAGGCAGAGCAUCACGGUCUCCACGGCAACCACCACCUGGGCGCGUUCGACCACAGCGACGUCACGGAGCUGGACUACAAGUCGCACUACGAGCCCAGCUCCGUGUUUGACUACAUCUCCCAGGUAACGGACACGCUGGAGUACAUCAAGUCGGACCACCAUGUGGACCUGCAGUGUUACUACACCACCGAGCUGAGCGCCCUGAAGUCAGAGUACCCAGAAUCCAACGCCAUGUCCACCUACCUGCAGCACAACGCCCUGGAGUCCAUCCACAUGGCCGAGCUCCGCACCGAGCUCAACAAGCUCCGCCCUGACACCCUGCUCGCGGACGGUGCUGGCAAACUGGACCCUGAGUUUGGAGGCGGGGCUCUGUACGAGCUGCAGCCAGCAGUGGACGGGAAGGCGUCCGGGGAGGCGACCGGGCCCGGGCAGACGGGAGGGAGACUGCUCAUCACAAGCAAAGGCCAGAGUCUGACGGUGAGGAAACCUCGUAACAUGCAGGGAGAGAAGCCGUUCUGCUGCACGCAGUGUGGGAAGAAGUUCAGCACGCUGGGAAACCUGAAGACCCACCAGCGCAUCCACACCGGCGAGCGCCCGUACACCUGCUCGCAGUGCGGCAAGAGCUUCGGCCAGGCGGGAAACCUGAAGCGACACCAGCUGAUUCACACGGGCCAGAAGCCGUACGUGUGCGCCCACUGCCCCAAAGGCUUCACCAAGGCCGACGACCUGCGCUCACACCAGCGGCUGCACACCGGCGAGCGCCCGUUCAUCUGCGUGACCUGCGGGAAGAGCUUCGGCCAGUCGAAGGAGCUGAAGGCUCACCAGCUGAGCCACACGGGCGAGCGGCCGUACUGCUGCCAGCACUGCGGCAAGAGCUUCACCAAGGAGACCAGCUACCGCAACCACGUGCAGAUCCACACCGGCGAGAAGCCCUUCACCUGCUCGCAGUGCGGAAAGACUUUCAGCAACUCCGGCGUGUUAAAAACCCACGAGAAGAUCCACUCGGGCGAGCGGCCGUUCGGCUGCACGCAGUGCGGCAAGAGCUUCGGCCGCCUCGGCCACCUGAAGGCUCACCAGCAGAUCCACACGGGCGAGCGGCCGUACGCCUGCCCCCACUGUGGAAAGACUUUCAGCCAAUCGGGUCACCUCAAAGCACACGAGCAGAUCCACAAACGAGAACACGCGGACACGGGCAGCGGCAGCGGCAGCGGCAGCGGCAGCAGCAGCAGCGGCAGCAGCACCGUGGGGAGUGACAGUAGUUAAGAGAAUGUCCGUACCCUUUAACCUUGCGGAAAAACAAAGUAUUAUUCCUUUUUUUUAUAAAUGCUAUCUAUACAUUUUUUUCCUUAUGAAUUCUUUCUUACAUUUUAAUACCUUUUGUGCUCUUUAUAUAUGUGGCAGGGUGGACCGACUGAUUUGCUCUUAUGCAAGUGUCUGUGUGUGUCUGUGUGUGUGCGUGCACACGUGUUCUGUACUGUGUGUGAGCGACUGAGUGACUGAGGGGUUUGUAGAUGAUCUGUAAACUGGUCAGAGUGGGAUCUCUGUCUCUCUCUCUGUCUCUUUCUCAGUACUUAUUUUUAAAGUACUUCACUGAAACAGAAGCACAAACAUGUCUGAAGUUUAGAAACUUCCUUUUGUAUGUUUUUAGUGAAACUGAGCGGAACCUCGUUCACUGUGAAUGAUCCAGAGUUUCACAAAGUGUUACUUGUUCACACCUGCUGUUCAUCUGAUGCUUCGUCUUCACGGUUACAUAUAGUUUUACACCAUCACUGUUGCUAUGGUUACGCCUGGUGGAGUUUUCCAGCCUCUGGAUCAGAGACCGGUGUAAACUGGUCUCGUUUCAGUUUGAAAACUCUGAUUUGUGUUUGAGUCUGAACAGAAACUGAGACUUUAGUAAAUGAUGACGCAGACGUUCUCUUCCUGAUUGGUUCUCAUCAGUCACAUGACUCGACGACCAGAAAACACAUCCCUGCUCCUUUUUCAGAGGAGUUUCUGUUACUAAGCAACCAGCUGCAGAGGAGACAAUCUACAUCCUGUUUACAUCACAUGACCUGUGGAUGUUAAUGGUCAUGUGACGUGUGUUUGUGUUAACAGAUCAAUAUUCCAGAAGCCUGAGGUUGUCUGUCCCACGUGUCCACAUACUUCUGUCAGUGUGAGCGUGUCCUGUCACUAUGACAACCAGAACCAAAGUAUUUUUACUUUUCUCACUGGUUUAUUUACAGUAUUAUUUUCAUAUAGAUCCCAUUUAACUAUUUCAUUGAAGUAAAACAAUGAAUUAUGUAAUUGUGGAACAUACACAGUCAUCGUAAGACUUUCGAAACUUUGUGAACAGAAAAUAUGUUCAUUUUAAUUUGCAUAACAGGAAGUGACAUCUGGUCACGUGGAGACGCAGCAGCAGGUUUGAACGGAUGAGUGUAGAAUGAGUGAAGUUACGUUUGCAAACACUUAAUGUAUCAAACGUACUUAAAUCACUAAACAUAAACAACGUCUUACACUUUAUGUUUUAGCUUGGUCCGUGUCCCAUCUGCUAACAUGGAGGAGGAGGAGUUUAUGACCAAUACUGAUGGAUCAAGAUGAUUUGGCUUCACUUUAGGGAACCGUCACGGCAUCCAUCUUUAUUUACUACUGUGGAUGUUUGUUGUUUAUUUUCUGAUUCGAAUCAGAAAAAUACAUUCCGAUAAAACGAGAAGUUUUUACUCCUCCAUCACCGUCUUGUCCGAGGUCACAACACUUUCAACUCAGAACGUGAAACAGGCGAACGAGUCCUGGUUCAGUUUCCUCCGCAGUAAAAGUACUUUGACUCUGAGUACAUCAAAGUGCCAGUACUUCUUCUGUUUCAGUACUUGCUGCCAGUUUAGUAUUUUACUCGCAGAUGUUAACUCUGUUACUGUGUUGGUAAAAAUUAUGUAUAAUUUUGAUAUUUUUUAUGGACCAGUAUUGAUCGAUCGGGAUCUUUUUGUUGUUUGAUAAUCGGCUGAUACGACAUUCCUUAAGUUUUUAUAGCAGAAAAAUGAAAUCAUUCCAGCUGUUCCUCGCAGAUCGCUCACUGUGUUUAAUCUAUUGAUAGUUAUUCCUAAAAAAAGAUAAAACUUAAAAAAACAGCAGCAAAACAGGUAAAGGUGAUGCAGCAUCUGUACUGAAGAGAAUUAUUAAAGAAACUAAUGGAA